AUGAAUAGACCGCCACAGGGCCGUGGUCAGCCACGGGUGGGUGCGACUUGGUAUCCAGGGGGCCAAGAUGACUUCUACAUGCCAGAGGUCAUCUCCCCCUCCCCCCAAAGGGUCAUGCCUGAAGUCCCUGAAAACAUGCAGGAUAAUAUCGCGCAAAUGGAGCAUCACGCUCGCGACCCCCGCCGCGUCCAACAACCGCAGCAACAACAAUACCAGCAGCCGCCGGGCCAGUACCGCACCCAGUUCCCCGAGCGCACUUCCUCUGCUGUGCAAGGUCAACUGCAACAACAGCCGCUGGUGCACGAGCAGGGCGCCUACGCGCAGUCGGCGACCUAUGACAGCAUGGACCACCCCAACUUCUCGCCCUUCCCCGUCUUGCGCAAUCCACCCCCAAAUGUUCCGCCCACGGACGAGCAGCGGGAGGCCAGCCUAGAGCGCGCCCGGAUGGCGGUGUUGUCGACCACGGAUCCGGAGAUGCAAUUGGCAUGGGCCCAGGAUGCGCUGGCCUACGUGGAAGUGGCUGCACAAAAUGAGGCCCGGUUGUCAGUGACGCAGCCCCCGCGGCCACACACCCCUCAAGGGGAACGCCAGUUGAAGACCGACGCCUUGAAUAUUGUCACUUUCCUGGCGGAACAGCACCACCCCAAAGCCGAGUUCAUCAAGGGUAUGUGGCUCGAGUUUGGCAAGUUCGGAUUUCGAGUGGACCGCAAAGGAGCAUUUCGCUGUUAUUCUAGAGCGGCAGAGAAGGGGUAUGCGCGCGCCGAAUAUCGCAUUGGAAUGCAGUUUGAGAGCUCGGGAGAGCCUGAGAAGGCAACCAAGCAUUACGAGCGGGGUGUUGCGAUGGCUGAUUCCGCUUCGUACUACCGUCUGGGAAUGAUGAUUCUCCUUGGUCAGCACGGCCAACGCCAGGACUUCCAAAGAGGCCUGGAGUACAUCCGCUUGGCGGCACAAUCGUGCGAUCAAAAUGCCCCACAGGGGGCCUACGUAUAUGGAAUGUUGCUUGCCCGGGAACUUCCUCAAGUGAGCGUGCCGGAAGCCUUCCUUCCUCUGGACCUUAAUAUCUCUCGCGUCAACAUCGAAAAGGCCGCGUAUCAUGGAUUUGCUAAGGCUCAGGUGAAAAUGGGUGCUUCGUAUGAGUUGUGCCAGCUAGGGUGUGAUUUCAACCCGGCCCUCUCCCUGCACUACAAUGCUCUAGCAGCGCGCCAAGGCGAGCCCGAAGCAGAGAUGGCGAUUAGUAAAUGGUUCCUCUGUGGACAUGAAGGCGUAUUCGAGAAGAACGACGAAUUGGCAUUUACCUAUGCACAGCGUGCGGCCCAGAGCGGUCUUCCCACUGCUGAGUUUGCCUUAGGUUACUUCUACGAAGUCGGAAUUUUCGUUCCUGUGGACAUCAAAGAAGCUCGAAGCUGGUACGCCAAAGCCGCCGCCAGCGGCAACAAGGAUGCAUCUGGCCGGAUCGAUAGUAUCUCUCGCUCAAAGACCCUGUCGCGCAGGGACCACGAGAAAGUUGCUAUUUCCCGCAUCAAAUCAACCCGGCAUGCGCACCAACGUGGCAAUUCUUUGGACCCAACCCCCGAAAAUAUCGAGAUGCCCGAUCCUUCGCGAAUGACUCUCUCCGAUUCACCCUCGGCUGCAGCUCCCUACCCUGACCGUGCAACCCCCCGCCCUCGGCCGGGUCAGCCAAGUUAUCAAAUGCCUGAUCCUCGGCCCAGUUCCGCGUUUGGGGUCAAUCCGAAUCUACGUACAAACGGGCCCCCAGGUUACGGUGGUCCUCCGGGUCCCCCGGGCCCUCGUACCCCAGCUUAUGGCCCUGGUCCGAUGGGUUAUCGCCAGCCUAGUGCUGGCACGCCGGUUAGUGCACCAGCAGGUCCAGUAAGCCCCCAGGCGGCGAACAUGAUUAGCCCUGGUGGAACGCCUCGAAUAGACGUCGGUUACUCCGCCCCGAUUCCGCCACCCGGUGAUCGACGGCGUCCUGCACCUACACGACUAGACGGCAUGCCUCCUCCUGACAGGAAGCCGGUGCGAACUCCAGUAAGUGGCCACCCCGGGCCAUUGCCAUCGCCUCGCAGUCAGGCAUCUCCUCGGCCAAUAGCCUCUCCCUCCUCUGGCACAUUUCCUCCGCGCAUGGAGUCCCGACAGCCAUCCCGGGGCUCAUCAUCCUCUACUCCCCAGCCACCAUCCAGCGCCUCCUCGGCACACAUGCCUGCGGCACAGCCACCUAAACCUAGCGCUCCGCCUCCGAGCAAGGGCCCCAAGACUUUUGAGGAAAUGGGAGUCCCAAGUGCCAAGAAUGACAGUGAUUGUGUAAGUGUUCCUAUCACCUGGAUCCCCAGUGCUCAAAGCUAA